CAGUUUAACUUACCUUUGCUGCACGAGCGGUUGGCUUCGCAACUCACUCCGAACAUUCCGUGAAAACUUGCGACCAUAAGACCUUCUCCAGUGUGUUUUACCGUACAACAGUAUUCGUAUUCGUUCGGUAGUGUGUUGAAAGUUGUGUCGGUCUUCGAUCGUCGAGGGUGCGAUCGCUGGAAAACAGCAAGGAAGGAUCGACACGACAAUCCGUAAGAUCGCGUCGCCACUCGUCCGUAUAUGUGCGCGCGCGCAAGAUCCCCUCCUCCAGUGCUUGUGUAUAUACCUGUACGUAGUGUGUACGAGCAAGCGGGCAAGCGCGCGUGUAUAUAGCUCCACUUCUUUCUCUCUUCUUCUGUCUUCUUGUACCGUCUGCGUUCCGUGCGCUCGUGUUCGUGAUUGGUCGGUGCGUGGCAUUUUUAAAAAGUCGUCCUGCUUCUGUCCGUUAUAACCUGAGAGAGAUCCGGCAGCGGUGAUGUCGCGAAACCAUGAGUAAAUCGAUAUCGUGAUCCAUGUCGAUACGAACCAUUCCCGAUUGCGAAUUUCUUCGAUUGCUCGCGAUACGAUACUUUCCUUCGUGUCGUGAUUAAUUAUUUACGGGUUCUUCGCUGUUUUUUACCAACGAACAGAGACCGCGAGAACACGUACGAGAGAUUCGAGCAAGAAAGGGAUAAGGAGCUACGAUACCGGCUCUCUCUUGCACCCAGAAUUCCUCGCGGCACGUUUGUCGAAGUAGCGGAAAAUUUAAACACGAUAUCCUGACGACUCGGCAACGUUACGGAGCAACGAUUAUUAUCGUUGACAGAUAGAGUACGCGAGUACGAAAAAAGAAAAGGAAAUAAAUUCAAGAAGGAGAAGAAGAGAAAGAGGAAAGCAAAAUACGCGUGCAAUUCCUUUUUCCGGAGCGAUUCUCCUGAGUGACAUAUGCGUGUGGCGCGUAGAUUCCUUGCCAAAGAUAAAGUUUGGAUGCGAACGGGAGCGCUGGAAAGUGGCUGAAUUUCGAGAAUAGUUUCUUCUCGACCUUCUGUUUGGAAGGAGGGGGAAAAAGAAAAGGACGAUAUAACUGUCGCGGCGAUUUUAGAGAAGUGCAGUUGCAGUUCUCCAUUCGUGCUUCGUUCAUCGGUCGAGUGUCGGUUGUGCUAUAGUGCAUCGUAGUGUUGGUGCGGGGUAAGGUUAGGGUUAUACAGAAGAGAAAGAUAAAGGGAAGAGAAGGUAUAAAUGAAUAAGCGAUAAACUGCAAUAUCGCGAUUAAGUGCAAACGACAAGACAAAAUAUCGUUGCAAAAGGAUACCGUUCGAGAAAGAGUUGUUCACAAUCCUCAAGAACUGGAUUACUCAAAAACGGAUAACUCGAGAAUCGCUAAAAUUUUGCCUGUUUAUAAAAAAGGCCGUACCCCCAGGGAUGGUAUGAGGGACGAUUCCGGCAACAUUGCCGAGGUGUUACCAGUGGGCGGGGGUGGUGCUGUGCUGGUGCUCAGCGAGCUUGAAAGCAUGGCAGCCAGGCAACAGCGGGAAAUUGCCCAGCAAAGGCGCCUCCUGGAACAGAGAGAGGCCCGUCUAGCCGUGCUUCGAGGCGCACAGGAGCCAGCACAGCAGGACAAACUCGCCAGAUUGAGGCACAGGUUGGACCAACAACAAAGCAAACUGAAUCGGUUGCGAUUACUCAGGUCGCAAACCGACCAGUCACGUGCCAACAACGCCACGCUGACCUCGGACCUGGACUGCAUAAGGGCGCUGUUCAACGAGAAGGAGAAGGAGCUCUCAUUGGCGGUGGCGAAGGUGGAGGAGUUGACGCGACAACUCGAGGAGCUGCGGGGCAGGCAGAACGCGGCCGGGACCGGAAGCGGAGGUGGAGGCGCCGGAGGCGUCGGCGGCGGAGGCGUUGGAGGCGGUGGCGGCGGUGGACACUUGUCGACGCCAGCCAGCGCUGAGCUCGAGAAACUCAGGAGGGAGCUUAUUUAUCGUAAUAAGAUGAACGAGCAGCAGAACCAAAUGGUGUCUCAGCAACGGUUGGCCCUAGCGCAACGACAAGCAGAGAUGGCGUCAAUAGACGCGAGGAUAGCUCAGCUGCAGGGUCGUCUUCAACGCAAGAGAGCGUUGAACCAACGACUGAGCCAGCAGCUAGGCUCUGGGAAUCGCACGAGCGCGAACACCGGGUUCACAGAGUCGAAGCUGGACUUCAAUGCCGGAGGGAAGUCCAGGCCUGCUGGAAAUAUAGCCGCUAUUGAACCGUAUUCCCAUAUACCGAACGACAACGAUUUCAAUUUGAACAAAAACGACCCGAAAUAUCAGACACUGCCUUACAACACCAAAUUCACGGUGAAUUUUAAGGCUGCCGAAGAUGAUGUUAAUAAGAAUAAGAUACAACACUCGGCCAGUGCCUCUCAAUUAGGUCAGAGAGCAGCUUUUCAACAGUUUGGUCAUCAAAUCGCCCAUAGCCAAUCCCAAUCCCAUAUUCAAGGUCAGUCGCAAUUACUGGGCACGAAUCAACACAACCAGAACCUGCCUAAUCAAUCCGUGAAUAAUAAUAACAAUAACAACAACAACAACAAUAACAACAGUAAUAAUAACAACAACAACGCCAAUAGUACGAACAACAACCUGAUUAGCACAUCCCACAACUUCAGCCCCGAGGGUUUGUCGCAAAAUCUUCGGAUCCAUCAUCAACAGCAGUCGCAAACGCAACAGCAGCAACAGCAACAACAGCAGCAGCAACAACAACAACACGGAAACAUUCAACAGAAGCAACAUAACGUUGGUUCAUCGGCAUCGAAUCUUGGCACCACCGUAUCCAUUACUCAAACUCAAAAUCACAGAAACCUUCAAACGCAUCAGAAACCAAUAUCCAGCGUGGCGCCAAGUUUCUCCGUCAAGUCUCAAAUCUAUCAGACUUCCUCCACGAAGAUUCAUCCCGUGAUGCCACAAACUCUGAGCCUGAUAGGCCGUGGACACAAUAACGCGCAAAAUUUCGUUGGUCUGAGCACUCAAAGUGGCAACCAGCAGCAAUCGAACCAAUCCUCUUCUAACAAUCAAACGUCCACCCAGGACCAAACUUACGCGUCGAGGCACAACUAUCCCGGUAUUCAACACUCCGCUCAAGCGAAUACUCACCCUGUGUCUUCAUCCUCGGUAUAUCAGACACAGAAUUCUCCUAAUCCUUCGUCGACCAUUCACACCUCAUCGAGCGGGACCAGUUUUGGAAAUUCGGUUCAAAGAUACAAUCAGACUCAACCGUUAACCGGCUCCACGUCCAACAACGAACAACCCGAUAAGAUAAAGUUUGAACAAGGAAAAGUUCAAGAUAAAUUCGAGCACGCCCUUCCGACUAAACACGAACAGCAGAGGUACGAGCCCAAUCAGGUGUUCAAGUACGAUUCUCAUCAGAUAAAAUACGAGCAGCAGCAUUCCAAGUACGAUCAACACGGGAAAUACGAUCAGGCCAAUCAACAAGCGUGUACGAAAUUGUACGAACAAUCGAGCAAGCACGAACAAAUUGGAAAUCAGACGAAUCGUUACGACAACGUAUCGAAGAUCGAUCAAGGGAAGUACGAAAGCGGGCAGAAUAAACACGAACAAAUUCACGGAACGAAGUACGAUCCUAAUCAGAAUACUCAACAAUACGGUAAACACGAUCAACACGAGGUGAGGCCAUCGAUCAAGUACGAGCACAAUGCGGGAUUUAAGCACGAAACAACCUCGAACAAAUACGAGAGCGGGGGCCAACAAUUCAAGCAAGAAUCGGUCAAAUUCGAGAGCAACAAAUUCGAGCAAAGUUCCGCGACGAAGCACGAGCACAAUGGGAAAUUUGAGAUCCCUGCGAAAACUGUGGAAAAAACGUUCGAAUUCGAUAGAUUGAAAAACGAGAAUGAAAGGAAAAAUAUGAUAGAGGACAAGACGAAACCGGCGCUACCUCCGAAACCGAGCAAACCGAAUCCCCCUCCACGGCUGACCCAUCAUGAAAAGAUGGACAAUCCGGGCGACGGGAUCGGCGAUUGCAAAAACAAUUUAGGGAUCAAUACGAGAACAGAGAAAGAAGAAGACGUUCCACCGAUCCCCACGUCCGAACCACCGGAAUCUCCGACAGAAACCCAAUUCGGCAAUCAUCAAAUCAUCAAAGCCAGGCCUCUAACAUUGAAGAAGGCACCGAUCUCCGAGCAGCCGAAGCUCCGUUACGCCAAGUCGAAUGUUCACGUGUCGAUAAAUCGACGGAUUGAGAUGCCACCGGCGUUUCUGUUUCCGGAAACCGAGAUUCCAGCGGACCUGAUGCAAACGGAACAGCAACAACAGCAGCAGCAGCAGCAGCAGCAGCAACAGCAGCAACAGCAGCAACAACAACCGCAACAACCUCAGCAACAAUCACAAAUCAUCGAUACGACGGACAGUUGUAAGAAGAGCGUUCCGAUUAUCAACGAAGAUGUGAUUAGUAAUGAGAAAUUGGAGGAAGCGGAUAUCAUUGAUGCGUUGAACGUUAUUAAUAUCGAGGAUAAAGUGAAGGCGAAAGAAAGCGAGAGAAGAACGGAAUUGGAAGCCGAUGGGAAGAACAACGAGGUGAUGAGAAGGAAGAAAGGGAACCUGAAGUCCAGCACGGGGAAAGCGAAUCUCUCGAGAAGGGUUUCCUUUGAUCCUCUAGCUCUACUGUUGGACGCCAGUCUCGAAGGUGAAUUGGAAUUAGUGAAGAAAACUGCUAAAGAAGUGGCGAAUCCCAGUUCGGCUAACGAUGAAGGCAUUACUGCGCUUCAUAAUGCCAUUUGUGCCGGUCAUUUGGAGAUAGUCAAGUUUCUAGUGGAAUUUGGCUGCGACGUGAACGCUCAGGACAGCGAUGGAUGGACUCCCUUACAUUGCGCCGCAAGUUGCAAUAAUUUAUCCAUGGUAAGAUUUCUAGUGGAGCACGGAGCUUGUAUAUUCGCCACUACUCUCUCCGACCAUGAAACUGCAGCAGAAAAAUGCGAAGAAGACGAGGAGGGUUUCGACGGUUGUUCAGAAUAUUUAUACAGCGUCCAAGAGAAGCUUGGAAUAAUGAACAAUGGUCAAGUUUAUGCAGUGUUCGAUUACGAGGCGCAACACAGCGAUGAGCUCACUCUGAAGAAUGGUGAUUCCUUAGUUGUCCUUCGGAAGGGCGAUGACAAUGAGAGAGAAUGGUGGUGGAGCAAACUGGGACACAAAGAAGGCUACGUACCUAGAAAUUUACUUGGCUUGUAUCCAAGGGUGCAACCGGCAAAGAUCGACUGAAGCGAGUUUCAGUCAGCGAACUCAUAAUAUCCGAUGAUUCAUUACCACAGUAUUCGAUUCGCAGCUUUAUCUUGUUAAGUAUCAUAGUUGCAUCGUCGCAUUACGGAUCGUUAUAUUAAUUUAAUCGCGUCCCAUUGUCAUCCGAACGAAGCGAACAGAAUGUUCUAUAUAGUUUUUUAUAUCUCCUUCUUCUUCUUUUUUUUUUUAAACGAAAUGAAUAUAGCUAAUAAGUCCGGAUCAUGGGUGAAUCACGAAAAUGAAUAACAAACAAACAAUAAAUAACGAAUAAUAAACAAUAAAAAACGAAUAAUAAACAAACAAUUAAAAUAUAAUUAGAUAAAAAAAGCGAAAAAAUGAUAAACUACAUCCUAUACAUGCGUAACUGUUCUUAUUUUUUUUCGACUCUUACCUUUUCUUUCUCUUUUAAAUUAAAAUAUAACUCGAAGGAUGAUAUAAUCUUGAUUAUAGUGAUUCUAACUAAUUCCUUCAAUUGAAAAAUAAUUCAAUACAAAAAUAAAAUUUUAAUAUUUUUACCCGUGAUUCCACUUUUAGCUCAACGGCCGCAUAGUCAAUAAUUGAAAUAUUUACGUUUUAAUAUGCAUCGUCUAAGUAUUGCGCCGUGAUGAACAUCAUUUAAAAAGUUUUUUCUUAGGUUCAUCCUAACCAAGUCUCGAUUAAGAACGUCCGAUUGAGAAUAAUUAAUAUAAUUUUAUUUAUUUUCAAUAAACGCAAACUUUUUUUAUUGUUUAAAAAACAAUUGUAAUUAUUUGAAAAUAGCAAAAAUUGGCAACACUUUUUUUUUUUUUUAAGAUGAAGAAAUAUUUUCAUUGAAAUAUCCAUUUUUCAUUUCCAUUUUCGUUUUUUUCGAGACUCGGCGAGAAAAAAACUUUUUGAACGAUUUUUCAAUCUCGUUAAACUUUUAUUUUACGCAUAUUACCAUAGAACAUAAAACGUUCUAUAUGAACUGCAUAGACAUACUUAAAACGCGUUUGGUUUGUUUCACCUAAAUGUUUUUAUUUAGAUGAAGUCAGAUUAUUGUUGCGUUCAUUGUUAUGUUUUUAUUCGUCUAAUGAAAUUUUCCAAAUCCGAUCAAAAAGAAUUCGGAUUUUGAAAAUGUUCCUAAGAAUUGUGUAUAAUGUAAUCUUGCCAAUACGCACUUUUUAAAUGAUCCGUUAUAAGAAAGAAAAUUAAUAAUCUUACGCUUGCGAACACGGAAGAAAUUAAAAAAAAUUUCGAUGGUCCGAUAUGACCAUAUCCAAUAUUUCUUUUGUUAUUUGAGGCGUAAUCAACAACAAAUCAAUGCGAUUCGAGAAUCUCUGAGUAAUCAAUUUAAAACUUGAUACAUUAAACAUAGAUAUUAAUUAAUUAAUUAUUGUCUAGGAAAAAUUCGAAUGAUCUGAUUACAAAUAUUCAUAAGAUCAUUGUUAUACUGUCUGAAAAAACAGUAAUUGAAUUAAUUCUAGAAAAAAGAAAGAAUUUUAUUCGAUUCUCAGAAUGUUUCUGACAUUUACACGCAUCCACUCCUACAUAAGCACGCACUCACGCGUGUACACACACAUACACACACGUAAAUGAAGUAUGUGCCUUUCAGAAGUAAUAAUGGUAUAUUAUGUAAGAAUGCAUGAUAUAUUAUGACGAAUAAAUUGUUUUUAAUAAAAAUCAA